UCUAUACAGGCACAGAUAACAACGUGGAACAGGCCGGCGAGGGCGCAGACGACAAGCAUGGCGUUGAGGGAGAAUGAGGGACAACGUGUUAUAAUUGUCGGCGGGGGGAUCGCAGGCUUGACAGCAGCGUCACAUCUCAUCAACAACGGGGUGACAAACGUGACAUUAUUGGAAGCACAAGAGCGGCUGGGAGGACGGAUUCACACUGUGAAGUUUGGUGAGAGUGUCCUUGACCUUGGUGCACAGUGGAUCCAUGGGCUCAGGGGAAACUGUGUCUACGAGCUGGCCAAGAAACAUGACCUUGUUGGUGAGGAACAGUUCAUGGCAGACGUUAGCACCAGGAGCAGACUACAUGAGUUUGAGGGUUACUUGUUCCUCACUUCCAAGGGUGAGGAGGUGGACAUGAAGACUGUCCACAGAAUGAUUGGGAUUUGGGAUGAAAUCUAUCAUGAGGCAGAAGAAUUCUUCAGCACGGAUGAUGAGAGUGAAAGUGAUGACAGCAGUGAAAGUGACAGUGAGAGCAGCAGUGACAAGGAUGGUGGUGGCACUGAAAAGGAAAAGUCACACUUUAAAGCCCGAGAUUUAUUUCCUUGUGGGCAGACGCCAAAAUCAUUUGGAGAAUAUUUUGAUAGGUGUUUUCAGCAUUUCAUGAUGAAUAACAAAGGUGAUUCUGAAGAUGAAAGGAACUUACAAAAAGCCUUCGCAGAAUGGCAAAAGCAAUUUGAAAAUGUUGACAAUGCCUGUUCAUCAUUGCAUGAGCUGAAUUUAAGAUCAUGGGGCAAAUAUUUUGACUGUGAUGGAGAUCGGGCAACAGAGUUCAAGAAUGGCUUCAAAUCUCUCCUUGAUGUUAUUAUUGAGAAGAUUCCAUCCCAAUCCAUUUAUUUAUCAAAACCAGUGAAGACUGUUCACUGGCAGACAUCAAAUGAAGAAUGUCAAGGAAGUGGCUCCAAUGAGAAGUCAGUCAUUGAAUGUGAAGAUGGCAAAGUUUUCAAAGCAGACUAUGUAGUCAUGACGCCUUCUGUUGGAGUUCUGAAAGAAAGGGAGGGAACUCUGUUUGACCCUUCCUUGCCAGAAGAGAAAAAGUAUGUGCUGAGGAAUAUGGGUUAUGGAACUGUGAACAAGAUCUUCCUUGAAUGGGAGACCAGGUUCUGGGAUGAGAACUGUUUUGGUAUUCAGCUGCUCUGGUUGGACAAUGUUCCGGUUCAGGUGAAGAGUGCAAAGUCCAAAAUUAGAACUAAGUCUGGAGAAGCCUGGUAUGAGAAAGUCCAAGGGUUCGACUGCGUCAUCAACCAGCCGACAGUGCUGGAGAUGUUUGUGAGUGGGGAGAAGGCGGAGAUCAUGGAGGCGCUGGACGACCAGGAGGUGAUGGACGUCUGUGUGGAACUACUGACCACCUUCACCAAGCUGGACGUGCCAACACCCACACGCAUCCUCAGGACAUUCUGGAACACCAACCCAUACUUCAGAGGGGCCUACAGUCUCAUCACACCUGAUCUCUCGCUGGCCGACCAUGACAUUCUCAGGGAACCGCUGCCCUCUAGAGAAGCUCCAGUGUUGCUGUUUGCUGGGGAGGCAUGUAGCAAGCAUCACUUCACCACUACACACGGGGCCAUGGAAUCGGGGAAGAAUGCAGCCAAGAUCAUUCUCAAGGAUCUGAAAAAGCUCCACAAGGAAGAGGAUAUUGAGAAAUGAGCUAUCUUUAUGUUAUUGUUUGAUUUUAUGUGUUUGAUCAGUGGAAACUGAAUCUUCUCAAAUAAUCGAAUUAUGUGUUAUUGUUUGACCCAUCUUCGUGAGUCAAGGGAGUUAACUGACUGUAAAAGUCGAGGUUUCCACCCUUGCCGAACUAGACUGGAAUUUCUGGGCUUUAUCGUAGCGCCACCAGUGGCUUUUGCGACUUAUGUCCCUUCUAUCUCCCUCU